AUGUUGGCAGAUUCAAACUCAAACACUGAGCAGUCGUUUCCAAAGUUGCAGGUCUUGGAUGUAUCAAAAAAUAUGUUUGUCGGUUCUCUACCCGAUAGAUAUAUCAAUAAAUUUCAAGGUAUGAUAGAUGCAAAGGAAAACCAGACGGAUGAUGAAGCAUAUUUGUUUCUAACUUUUAUAGAAAUGAAGCUCACAUUGAAAGGAUUGGAUCAGUUAUUGAAUCGCCUGCUAGAUACCUUUACAACCCUCGACUUAUCCUCCAAUAGAUUCUGUGGGAACAUUCUACCUUCUAUAGGGAAUCUCAAUUCUCUUAGAUACUUGAAUUUGUCUCACAAUACCCUCACAGGACAUAUACCAUCAUCUCUAGGACAUAUGAGUUUGCUUGAGUCUUUGGACUUGUCUUCAAAUAAACUUGGUGGACAAAUUCCAGAUGAAUUAUCAAGGUUGACAUUUCUUGGAAAGUUAAAACCUUUCGAUGAAUAUGAGGGACAAAUACCACAGUCUAUUCAACUUUCCACGUUUGGGAAUGAAGCAUAUGUUGGAAAUGAAGGAUUGUGUGGAUUUCCAUUGACGAAAGAAUGUAAGAGGGGUGAUGGAAAGCCAUCACCGCUGUAUGUGGAAGUGGAAUCGGAUAGGGAGAUUAAGUGGGAUUAUGUGUUUGCUGCUGCUGGAUAUGUUGUGGGAUUAGGAAUCUUUUCGUGGCUGCUUUUAUUUUACCAAUGUUUUAGGUAUAAAUACUUCGAGAAAGUCGACAAUGUUUUUGAGACGAUAUUAGACUGUUUCCAGCUCCGGAAGAAAAGAGAAAGACGAAGAAGAGAUGCGAGGAAUCAGGUUAUAAGACAAUAG